CGGCGUCCACUCGGUCAAUUGGCUGCUCGCGAUUUCAGCUGCUUCCUGGAUCACUGCAGAUCGUGGCCGCGUACCGUGCACGCACGCACGCGCGCGCGCACGCUUCGUCUCCAUAAGUAUGUGACGGGAGUGUGCGCGGUACAUCUGGAGCCAAAGUGCACGCCUCUUAUCGGAAUGUUUGAAGAUUAACGAGGCUAUCGGCGUGUCCGCGGACGUGCAACUGCUACUCCUACUCGGAGCGUCGGCGUAGAGCAGAGAGCCCAUACAGGCGGACGGACUCACGAAGGCGGCCACCGCUGUAGCCGCACCACGCGACUGUACAGGACGCAGCCAUGACCGAGAAACGGAUGUCGCGGUGGUAUUUCGGCGGGUUGGCGUCCUGUGGCGCCGCAUGCUGCACGCAUCCUCUGGAUCUCCUCAAGGUGCACCUACAAACACAGCAGGAGGUAAAGAAGAGGAUGUUUGGCAUGGCUGUUCACGUGGUGAACAACAAUGGAGUGCUUGCUCUCUACAAUGGCCUUUCUGCUUCCCUUUGCAGACAGAUGUCCUAUUCCCUGACCAGAUUUGCCAUCUAUGAGACUGUAAGGGACGUGAUUGGAAACAAAAGCAAGGGCCCCAUGCCUUUCUACCAAAAGGUCUUGUUGGGAGCUUUUGGAGGUUUUACUGGGGGCUUUGUUGGCACGCCAGCAGACAUGGUGAAUGUCAGGAUGCAAAAUGACAUGAAACUACCAGCAGAACUGAGGAGAAACUACAAACAUGCCAUCGAUGGGCUCUUCAGAGUCUUCAGAGAAGAGGGUGUGAGGAAGCUCUUCUCGGGGGCCACCAUGGCAUCCAGCAGAGGAGCCUUGGUCACUGUGGGACAGUUGGCAUGUUAUGACCAGGCCAAGCAGCUUGUUUUGGGAACGGGGAUGCUGGGGGACAACAUGUUCACACACUUCCUCUCCAGCUUCAUUGCUGGAGGUUGUGCUACGUUCCUUUGUCAGCCACUUGAUGUCCUAAAGACGAGACUCAUGAACUCAAAGGGAGAGUACACCGGGGUACGACAUUGCUUACAAGAAACUGCCAAGUUGGGUCCCCUGGCAUUUUAUAAGGGCCUUGUGCCUGCAGGCAUCCGCUUGAUUCCUCAUACAGUGCUCACAUUCAUCUUCCUGGAGCAGCUGAAAAAGAACUUUGGGAUUCGCAUCAUCUCCUGAUGGCAGAGUGUGACUGGCUAUUAUUCAGCAAUUCUGCCGUGGUCAUCAGAAGAACGGAAGAGGGGAUGCAACACAUGUUGGAUGGCUCGGCCAUGUUGCUUCCUCUUGUUCUACCUCUGCCUUAUGUAAUGGCGUGAAGCGGAGUGUUUGCACAUCCUGAGGGAUAAGUACUGGAACAAACUUUAUGAAAAUUUAAGGCUUUGGUGCCAGGAUUACUGGAAUAGCCUGCUACCAUAAGAAAAAACAAACAUGCCCUGUAUGAUUGCAGGUACGCAAUGUUGUCUUUUAAUUUAAUUAUUUCAAGCCUCUGUUGGUACUUGUUUAUGAAAACGACUGACUUAAUUGGGACUUAAAUGAAUUCCCGGUCUCCUUAUUUAGACUUGGAUUCAUUACAUUGAUCCAUUAGUGCGCUUUAAAGCCUCCUUUUGGGGCGCAGGUGAGGAAAAAUGUGUCAAUAAUGGACUGCUGUCGAAAUAGUAUAUGCCAGGGGGAAAAAAAGUGCCAUAUUAGGCUAACACAGUAUUGGCAGGUAAAUAGCAGAUGCAUUGUAAACAAAUACAGCUAAACUAAAUAUGUCUAAUCAAAUAUGUGACUGCAUACUAUUCAUUCCCGUCAGUACUGACCAAGUUUCCCACUAUUGUUAGUGUUGUACUUAUUAUUUUAGAACUGGAAAUCAAGUAGAAGUCUAGCAAGCAUUGUGGCGUCAUUCCAUCAAUAUGGUGUUAAUUCAAUCUAAUCUUUCAGGAGCGGACCAAGUUGUCUCAUUCUUAACGUCAGCUGACGUUCUAAUAAUGGUACACUUGGAAGCCCCCUCACUCUUUCCCCAAUUUUCAAGGUGACUUCUGAAUAGAAAAGUUGAAGAACCUAUUAAUGGAAAAGUACAGAAGUGGUACAUGUAGUGUUUAAUGUCAAACUAAUAGCAUUUCAAUGUAAUGACUUUAGAUUCUACAAUUUUUGAGAAUGGCUUUUUAUUAUAACCUUUGACUCGUGAAUGAAACUGCUCGACACGUUUUGGAAUUUCAAAUGUUACUUGUUAAAAGAGAGCAUUUGUUGUACGUGCCAUCAGUGAUGAACUGUCGUGAAGAUUUGCCCAUUUUUCCGCUUAAAUGGGAAUCCUUGUCCUGUUGCCUUACUGUCUAUGUCUUACUGGGGUAGUGUAACAGUGUGAUUGGGUUCAAUCCCAUCACCCUGAACUCUACUCCGAUGGGCAUCCCAACAGCCUUGCACCUUCAUCCCAGGAUAGAUUUUUAAAGAACCACCAGCUUGACUUGUGCUGCAUGUCCUUGAUAAUGUGACCUACAGAUCAGCCUUACUCACUCACCUUUAUGAACACACACGUUGCUAUGUGUGUUCUUUAUGCGUUUUUAUUGCAAUUAAAUGAUUUAACUUUUUAAUUAAAACACCCGUAAAGGAAAA